AUGAGGUCAGCAACGCAUAUCAACAACCUUCCCAGCGACGUCCUCGCUAGGAUACUAUCGCUCACAUCUAGGAAUUCCGACUCUCACGCAUUGAAGCCGAAGCCGUUGCACGUUUGUGCGAUCGUUUCAGACAACGCUUACCGUCUCGACGAAGAAACGUUUUCUCUUGGUGAUCCGAGCUCGCCUGUGUUCACCAUCGCACAGCUACCGUUGAUCAAAUCGUGGAGUACCUGCCAGCUGUUGCUGUCCGAUUGGCCAUGCACAAGUCUGGAACGGCUGCAGAUCUCCUAUUGCGAUGAACUGAAGCGGCUUCCGGACAACUUUGCGGAAUCGCUGCCGCGCAUUCGUGAGCUCCCUGAAAACCUUCUCCCUGCUCUCGUGCGAGUCAAUCCGCGAGCUGCCAGCAGGCUUCUGCUGCCUUGCUGCCUCGGGCGAGUGGCGCUUCCAGCGGACAUAGGACGCCUGAGUAACCUCCACACGCUUCUUCUGACAGAGAGCUUGCAGCAGCGGCAUCUCCCAUGCUCGUUAACCGAGAUCUCUUCCCUGACCAGCCUAUCGCUUCACCAGUGCGGAGUGGAGGAGCUGCCAGAGGGCGUGGGAGAGCUGAGCAACCUGCGCGACCUGCACGUCUCCUCCUGCUCUCGUCUAACGUCUCCGCCCGUUCCAGCAUCGCUGACAUGCCUGACUGCCCUUGAAGCUCUCACACUCUCGAACUGCGCAAGUCUCACCUCCGUGCCCACAAGGUGGGACGGCCUGACGAGGCUCAAGCAGCUUAAGGUGGCCACAUGUGGCGACCUCACACGUCCCGAUCCACUCCUGCCCGCUUCGCUUGAAGCGCUCAGCUGGGGAAGCGACAGGCAGGCGAUGGUUCUGCCAGACGUCUCCAGGCUGACAGGUCUUCGGGAGCUUUCCCUGAUCAGGGUUGCCGUGGCCGCACGUGGGCUCGGCGAUGCUGAGGAGCUUCCCUUCGCCGUGACCUUCCUUUCUCAGCUGCGCUCCCUGCAUAUUGACAACGCCAUGAAUCUCCAAAGGCUGCCGGCUGAUUUCGGGUCAGCACUGCCGCAGCUGCGGAAGCUGACGCUGGCCCGUGUGGGCGAGUUGAGGGAGCUGCCAGCGAGUGUCACGGCGCUGCAGAGUCUGACGUCCUUGGAGGUUCGCGUGGCGCCCAAACUGCCUUCUCUGCCGCGUGACAUCGGCUCCUUAUCCCGGCUGCGGGAGCUGCUGCUCUUUCGCUGCACGCAGCUGGAGCAUCUGCCCGCCUCUUUCACCCAGCUUGCCUGCCGGAACGACCUGUCGAUUCUGCACUGCUCCAUCCGCUCCCUGUGUCCCAACUUCUCACGGCUUGCACGGCUCAGGACUCUUGAGUUGAGUGGCUGUGCGCGGCUGCAGGCGCUGCCAGCUGAUCUGAGUGAGCUCAAGGCGUUGCAGCUGCUGGAUGUGGAGGAGUGUGACCAGCUCACUGACGUUGAUUGGUCUGUGCUCCCCUGGAGCAGAAGGCAGAUGUUAGAUUUAUACGUACUGUAA